GAGAGAGAGAGAGAGAGAGAGAGAGAGUCUCUGCGCUCGGAGAUAAAUCUGAUUUAAUUUUAUUCUAUUUUAUUUGAUGUUGUGUAAUUUUGUUAGAUAUUUUGUUUCCGAGCUCCUGUGAGCUACAACGCUGUGAAAGUCGAUGAAACGGAACACUUCUUUUUAAAAGAGCAUCAUUAUGACUAACUGGACGAACGCGUCCACCUGUUUGUGCGUCGUGGAAACGCCGGACAACACAACAGAGACAGAUUUGGACUUGGACCUUGAAUACCCGGUCCAUCUCUAUCCUGUGCCAGUGUUGACUGGCAUCACGGUGACCUGCUCACUACUUUUCCUAGUUGGGAUGAGCGGAAACCUGCUGACCAUCGUGGUGGUGCUGAAGUACAAGGACAUGCGGACCACCACUAACCUGUACCUGUGCAGCAUGGCGCUGUCGGACCUCCUGAUCUUCCUGUGCAUGCCGUUGGACCUGUAUCGGGUGUGGCGCUACCGGCCCUGGAACCUUGGUGAACAUCUGUGUAAGCUCUUCCAGUUCAUCAGUGAGAGCUGCACCUAUUCAGCAGUGCUGAGCAUCACGGCGCUGAGCGUGGAGCGCUACAUGGCCAUCUGCUUCCCGCUCCGGGCCAAAGUGUUGGUGACCCGUGGACGUGUGAAGACGCUCAUCCUACUGCUGUGGCUCGUGGCUCUGUGCAGUGCAGGACCCAUCUUUGCUCUGGUGGGUGUUGAGCACGAGAACGGUACCGACCCACAUGUGACCAACGAGUGCAAAGCGACUGAGCAUGCGAUCCGGUCUGGAUUGCUCACCGUCAUGGUGUGGAUCUCCAGUGUGUUCUUCUUCCUGCCUGUGCUGUGCCUCACUGUGCUCUACAGCCUCAUCAGCCGGACUCUGUGGAGGAGGAGGAAGAACCCAGUAGGACCUGUGUCAAGUCGAGACAAAAACAACACGCAGACAGUGAAGAUGUUAGCGGUGGUGGUCUUUGCAUUCGUUCUCUGCUGGCUGCCAUUCCACUUGGGCCGCUAUCUGUUCUCCAAAUCAUCUGAAGCUAAUUCUCCACUAAUUACUCAAAUCAGCGAGUACUGCAACCUCGUCUCCUUCGUUAUGUUUUAUUUCAACGCAGCCAUCAACCCCAUUCUCUACAACAUCAUGUCCAAGAAGUACCGGAUGAUGGCCUGCAGACUCUUCGGGGUGAGAUGCACUCAAGAGCGCUUGAAGUUGACCGUGCUGAAUUCGGAGAACUGUCCAGUGUGGAACGAGUCCAGUGGAACCACAUGAUGGAGGAGGAGUGGGUUCAGCUUUGAGGGCUGAGGUUCCAGAGGAGGCAAGAGGAUUUAUACACAAACUCUUUUCAGCCGUCAAGCUUUUUAUAGUGGGCUAAAAUCACUGAGAGGUUCAGGAUGAAGCUGAUAACAUAAAAUCAUCAUUUCAUAUCUGUAAUAAUU